AACACCCUCUCCUCUUUGAGAGCUCCCUAAUAUUCACCGUAUUCGCCUACACCCCAACUUCGUACAUUCCCACCUCCCAGUGUUCCCACUUCUAGCUACUCUUCCAGCUCAUUGCAAUCCUGAAUUAAACGCUUUGAUGGUUGCCCCGCCCGCAGAUAGGGCGAGAGAUAAGGCGACAUGGGACCUGCCCCAAUGGCGAGUGAUGAUUGAGCUGGUUGACUGCCCAGAAGUUUACGACGUCAAGUUUUAUCCAUAUGGGAAGCCGACAGAUGACCCUAUCUUCGCAGCAGUCGGAGGAAAGAAGCUAAUAGUAUGCCGUCCUACUCAUGCGAAGGACAAAAGAAUAGAAACUAUCCAAGCUGUGAAUGACGAGGAGCCCAAUGCAAACAACUGCAGCAUAGCUUGGGCACAAGCAGAGGACGGCCGCCCAUUGCUGUGCUAUGCAGGAUCGACGGCUCUCAUCAAGAUCAUCGACGUCGUGACUGGCGAGCUGGUCCAAGUGCUCUCAGGUCAUGGAGGGGGAAUAUUUGAUUUGGCGGUCCCAAGGACAAACCCUCACAUCGUGGCAUCAUGUUCAGAGGAUACGACUGUCAGGUUGUGGAGCCUUCGAAAGGCCCACAAGGAGUCGCCUUGUAUUGCUCUCUUUGCUGGAGAAGGGCAUUUAGAUUCCGUGCUAUCCGUCGACUUUCACGCAAAUGGGCGCUAUAUUCUCUCUGCGGGUCAUGAUCAUGUUGUUAAUCUGUGGACGGUACCAAAGUUUCCGGACGAGCGUACAAUAAGUGAAAAGGUUGAAACAAUACACUACCCUCAUUUUUCAACCUCAGAAGUACACUCAAAUGGCGUUGACUGCGUUAAAUUCUACAAAGAUUUGGUCCUGUCGAGAGGACAUGAAGAAGGAUGUAUCGUCCUGUGGCAAAUUACGAGAUUCUCGUCCUCAGGAGAGGUCCCUUCUGCUUCAGCAGCGCCGACUACAUACGACGAAAGCGCCAAAACUCGAUCCGCAUUCUUCAAAGCUCCCGAAGACGAUAAGACUGCACCACGACAAUACCAAAGACUUCUCCAGUUUGCCAUACCACAGUGCAAUCAGUGGUAUAUGAGGUUUGGUCUAUUCACCCCAUACUCCUCUUCUCAGCACCCUGUCCUUGCAAUGUGCAAUUCGGCAUCCAAAGUGCAUUUCUGGGAUCUCUCCCGUCUCGUCGACUACCAAAAGUUCAUCACAUCUCCAGAGACAGUUCCUAAGCCAAAUUGGCUCAACUUGGUGUCUCGGACUAAGAAAUCCGGAAAAUCAGAUGCGCAACGUUUGUUCAGUCAAACGCCUGUUGAUGAAAGUGUUGCGACCAGCAGCGUUUCCUCCUUCAGCACGGAAACAUUGGCGGCCGCCAUUGAUAUUGAGGCGAACCGUAGCGCUUGGGAUGAAAAAUAUGCGACAGGAAAUCCCUGGAAGAGCCUAAAAGCGCACAAGAUUGAGAGCAUCCCAAGAGUGACAAGUGUUGGCAGAGCGGUUGCAUGGAGUGAGAAAGGGGAUUUCUGCGUCGUAGUUGGCUCCUCAGGUAUCAUUUCUGUGUUGGAGCGUUAGUUAGGAACAGGCCUGAUAUCAAGGCCGAGAAAAGUAUGGUAAAUCCAGACAAUGCGAGUUGUUUCAUCUUCUGGGAUAGAGAUUAAGGUGUGUUUUAUGAAUUAUUAUGAAGCUAGACGUAGCUUAAGCAUAGCUCGUUGUCAGUGGGAAACCUCCUUUAACAACGCUAUGGGCAGCAUCUACAGAUAUGAGAGCUUAUGAAGAUGUCGAUAGCAACAUCAGCAUCAGAGAAGAUAUGCCAUAUUCCGGCAGCGACCUCUUGAUUCCUCGUCGUGACUUUGCUAUCCCAUGCACACAUGUUGAGGAAAGUGGUACCUUGCGCUGGGUUGAUCCGCUAAC